AUGGGUGGCCGCCGAAAAGCCCUCCUCAUCGGCAUCAACUACCUGGGCUCGCAGCACCAGCUGCAGGGGUGCAUCGACGACGUCGCCAACGUGGCCGAGUUCCUCGCCUCGCGCGGCUUCUCCUCCCACCCGGCCGACAUGGUGGUGCUCACCGACGACGCGCGCAGAAACGACCCCCGCGGCCCUUACUUCCCCACCGCGCACAACAUCCUCGCCGCCAUGCGCUGGCUCGUCAGCGAGCCUGGCUGCAUGUGCUUCCUACACUACUCAGGCCAUGGCGGGCAGGUCCCCGACGAGGAUCAGGGGAGGAGUGGCUUCGCGGAUACCAUCGUCCCCGUCGACUUUGAGACGACCGGCCAGAUCCAGAGCUCCAUGCUGCAUCGUGUCCUAGUCAGCGCGUUGCAUCCCAGCAGGACCGACGGUGACGGCAAUGUCAACCUGAUGGACAAUCUGAAAGUUGGUGCUGAGCUGAUUGGCGAGGCAUCCCACCUCAUCCGCGGCGACUUUGCGUUCGACAGCGCGGGCGAGGCGCGCCACCUCCUCGCCGGCGCGACGUCCUUCUUCCGCGGCCUCAAGCACCAGUACGACGGCGACUACGACGAAGGGCUGCAUGCCGUAGGCGAGUUCGAGGAGGACUGGGGCCCCGAGAAUAAGUCAGUGUUUAUGUUUUCCGGGUGCAAGGACGAGCAGACGUCCGCGGACGCGUUUAUCAACGGGCGGCAUGUCGGUAUGUUCUUCUCUCCUAAAUUCACCGGGGAAUCCAAGUCCAGACAGAGGCGACCUUUGACACUGGAGAUGCUUUAUUCCGACCUGUUGACUGCUGGACUGACUGACUGA